CUAACAAUGUACAUGCGGAUCCAUAACAGCGACUCCAAUCUUCCUUUCUUGGUCCGCUGAACAAUUAACAGGCAUGUCCGGAACUUGAAAAAAAAAAAACUAAAAUACAUAAAAAUGAAAAUCAAAAUCGCCAUUGAAACAAGACGAGAAGAAAAGAGAAUGGGAGGAGGGGAAGGGAGAGAAGGAGACUGGGAGUGCAGUGGUUGCAAGAAUAGAAACUAUGCGUUUAGAUCCUUUUGCAAUAGAUGCAAGCAGCCUCGUCUUCUUGUCGAUACCAAAACUCCUUCUGAUUCCAAAUGGCUCCCUCGUAUCGGCGAUUGGAUCUGCACCGGUUGCACUAACAACAAUUAUGCAUCAAGAGAAAAGUGCAAAAAAUGCGGACAACCAAAGGAGAUUGCAGCAAUGCCAGCAAUUGCAAUGCCUGGAGCUUCUCUGCCAACUUAUUCACAUUAUUUUGCCAGGGUCCAAGGAGGACUUGAACAAAAGAUGAAUAUUGGAUUAGCAGGCAUUGGUGCUCUCCAGCAGCCACUCCCUUUGCCUUCAAGCUGGUCUGCAGGAGAAGCUGACAAGUACGGAGUUCAUUCGGCUUCUACUUGGCCUUUAGGUGGAAACCAGAUUCCUGGGCCGCCUUAUGCAAAUCCUGUAAAUCAGUCUCUUGCAGUUCCAAAAGGAUGGCGAAAUGGUGAUUGGAUGUGUAAUUGUGGCUUCCAUAAUUAUUCUUCACGUGCACAGUGUAAAACUUGCAACGCUUCUAUGCCACCAGCACUUGGAAUGAAACGAUUGGCAUCUGAAGAGUUUGCUCAGGAUUGGGAAAACAAGAGACUGAAUUCAGGAAAUACUAUGCAGAUCAAUGGACAACAAUGCACAUAUCCAGUGUUUGAUCAAAUAGUAGGGACCGCAGGUGAUCCAAGGCCAGGAAUGUAUGCUCCUUAUCCUGGUGUUAGUUCAGGUUUAGCUCCAAGUUGGCAAGCACCAUUACAAUUUCCGCAUCAAGUAACAACGCCUGCACUCCUUGGAAAAGGAGCAAAGCAAUGGCGUAAUGGAGAUUGGAUGUGUACAAAUUGCAACAAUCAUAAUUAUGCAUCUCGAUCACAGUGCAAUAGAUGUAAGACUCAGAAAGAUGCAGUUGUGCAGUCAGUUUCUCAGCCAGUGAAUGCUGUGUAGCCAUGAACUGGAGGGUUUAAAUUGCUGUAGAUUUAAUUGCCCCUCGCUGAGGUUCUAUUUCAUUAUUGCCAUAAUGUUUGAUCUUGAAAAGUGGAAAUCUUAGAUGCACAUUACAUUAUUCAUUGUAGAAAUGCCAUAAGAAUGUAUUGAAAAGCUUGAUAGUUACUUUGUUAUAGCAAAGAGUGUUAGUGUGUGUACCAUUCUUUUUCGAAAGCUUGUUUCUCUUGCUACAACAAUACAAUAUUUUGUGUAUCAUAUAAUUUUUUAUGGUUAGACUGAUUAGAGGAACUUAGUUCUAGUUUUCUUCAAGUAUUCUGUACAUUAACUCUUGCCUUUGAAAGCAAUAUAUUUAUAUAAUUCUUGUGAAA